AUGUUUUGGUCUAAGCGACCCGAAACUUUCAAUGCUCCUCGUCAAUUUGUAGGGAAUUUUAAAUGCGAAAGGAAUUUAUAAGAAUUAGAGGAAUUUCCAUCGAAUUUCAUCAAAACAUCAAGAUAUAAUGUGGUAACUUUUCUACCGAAAUCGUUACUCCUUCAAUUUACUCGAUAUGCGAACAUCUACUUUUUGUGCAUAGCAAUUAUUUAAUGUAUUCCAGUGCUUUCAACCCUAAACCCUUUCAGUGCAAUAGCCCCUUUGGUUUUUGUGUUAGGUUUAUCUAUGGCUCGAGAAGGGUGGGAAGACUACGGACGUCACGUAUCGGACAAUGAAGUAAACUCGACGGAAUGUAUAAUCUUGAAAUCGAGAGUGCCGACAAAUUCAACUUGGGCGGAAUUAUCUGUGGGGGAUUAUGUGUUGGUGAAGUAGGACGAGAGUUUUCCUGCUGAUCUCAUAGUGCUUUCAAGUGCAAUUCCAAGCGGGGCUUGUUACAUCGAGACAUCCUCUUUGGAUGGAGAGAAAAAUUUGAAACCAAAGAGUGCCAUUUUGGAGAGUCAAUAACUGUAUCAGGAAAUGGCAAAUUAUAAUGAAGAUGCUAUACGUGUGGAAGCAUAGGUUCCUACUUAAAAUCUUUAUGAAUUGGAUGCUUCCUUGUUUUUGCCAAUUGGUAAUGGUUAGUAGAAAAAGUUUUAGUUAACAGCUAAGUAGUUAUUGUUAAGAGGUGCAUUCCUCAGAAAUACUGAAUGGAUUAUAGGGUUAGUUGUUUAUACAGGAUAGGACACUAAGAUCAUGAGGAAUGCUGAUGCCUCAAGAAUAAAGUCAAGUGAAAUAGAAAGAAUUAUGAACAUUCUCAUUUUGGGGAUUCUAGUGGUGCAAAUCACUUUGUCAAUCAUCACAGCUUCCUUUUCAUCAGCUUGGCUCCAUAAUUAUGGAAGCGACAGUUGGUAUUUGGAAUAUACUGACUUUUAACCGAACUUGCUCAGUUUUUAUGCGUUUUUCAGUUAUAUUUUAUUAUAUAAUACAAUGAUUCCUAUAUCAUUGAUAGUUAGUUUGGAAUUCGUUAAAGUGUUCCAAGCUUACUUUAUUGAAUAAGACGAGGAGAUGUAUGUAGCUCAGAGGAACAAAUUCGCUAAAGUGUAAACUACAACCAUUAAUGAAGAGUUAGGACAAGUGGAAUAUAUCUUCUCUGACAAAACUGGAACUUUGACCUGCAAUCAAAUGGAAUUCAAAUAUUGUAUUAUUGGCAACGUACUCUACGGCAAGGAUCAAUCCAACACAAACAAUCCAGUAUAUAAUGUAGAUCUAAAAAGACAGCAAACCGCUAAAGUACAUCCUGAAAGUGAGGUGUUCCAGCAUUCAGUCUUCAAUUUCCAAGAUGCUGAAUUGAGUGAUAUUCUAAAAGGCGAGGGAUCCACAGGUGACAUGCCAGUACAUCUUAGAAUUGCAUCCCAAGACGGUAAAUAAUAGGUGACUCUUUCUAAUCAGCGAGAUUUAAUACAAGAAUACUUGUUCUUGCUCUCCUCAGCUCAUGAGUGCAUUAUCCAAUACGACAAGAAUUAAAAUGCUUCCUAUCAAGGACCGUCUCCAGAUGAGAUCACUCUUGUAGAUGCAGCAGCUAGAUUAGGAUUUCAAUUCACUGGAUCCUCAGCUAGUGAGUAAUGUUUCAAGAUUUUGGGCAAAGAAAAAAAAGUCAAAUUGCUCAAAUCCUUUGAAUUUGAUUCCACUCGAAAGCGAAUGAGUGUUAUAAUCGAUGACAAUGGAAUCAUCAAAUUAUAUAUCAAAGGAGCAGACAAUAUCAUCAAAGAUAGACUAUUGCCUAAUCAACCAUUUCUGAAUGAGAUUAUCAAUUAUUUAGAUGACUUUAGUAAAAUUGGGUUGAGAUGUCUACUCAUGGCUUCAAGAGUGCUGUCUCAUUAAGAAUACCAAGAUUUCGAUCAUGCCUAUAAUAAUUUACCAGAUAAUGAAACUAGAGCUAAUGAAUUAGAAAAACUAACAAGUAACUUGGAAAAAUAACUCACUUUAUUGGGAGCUUCUGCAGUUGAAGAUAAACUAUAGCCUUUAGUCCCAGAGACGAUUGCUGACUUAUUAAAAGCUAACAUAAAGGUGUGGAUGUUAACAGGGGAUAAACUAGAGACAGCAGAGAAUAUUGCCAAGAGUUGCAGAUUGAUCUAAGGAGAUUUCACAGUGAUGCGAUUGUCAGUGCCCACUGUGGAGGAAUGUAAAAAGAAAUUAGGAGAUAUCCAAGAUACUUAUGAUCUAUGUAUAAAAGAGAAUAGAAAAAAAUCAAUAGUAGUUGAAGGAGCCUCCCUAUAGUUUGUAAUAGAUAACGAAGAUUUAGCCUAGGCCUUUGUUAGUAUGGCAAAGGAUUGUGAAAGUAUUGUGUGUUGCAGAGUAACCCCUAAGUAGAAGGCUGAUGUGGUCAGAUUGAUUAAAGACAGAUUGAACAAGAUCACUUUGGCCAUUGGAGAUGGAGCCAACGAUGUCAAUAUGAUUCAGGCUGCACAUAUUGGAGUUGGUCUUUAUGGAAAUGAAGGAAUGAGGGCAGUUUAAAGUAGUGAUUUUGCUUUGGGAGAAUUCAGAUGUUUAUGGAGGUUAUUAUUGGUGCAUGGACAUUGGAAUUACAUUAGAAUUGCAGAGAUGGUACUGUAUUUCUUUUACAAAAACAUGAUAUUCACCGUACCCCAAUUCUUCUUUUCCUAUUUCUGUGCCUUCUCAGGGUAGUCUUUCUUUGAUGAUUGGUACAUCACUUUCUAUAAUCUUAUCUUUACAGCACUGCCACUGAUUAUGAGAGGCACAUUUGAUUAGGAUAUCAAUUAUAGAUAAUAUUGCCAAUAUGACUCAAAGGAAGAGGUAGCUAAUGUGCAAAAGAAACAGGAAUAAUACUUAAGACUCAAGUUUCCAAGUCUCUAUUACGUUGGACAAAAUAAAACUAUUUUCACCAUCCCUAAUUAUUUACUUUGGGCUUUCAAUGGCUUGGUUCAUGGAAUGAUCAUAUUUUUCUUUGUACUUUGGAUCAUGGACUUUGAGAUCGUCUAAAAUUCAGGAGAAUCAAGUGGUUUGGCUCCCUUCUCAUUGACUGUCUAUUCCUGCAUCAUUUUAAUUGCCGAUCUUAAAAUAGCUAUUCACACUAAAUUCUGGACUUGGUUUAAUUUUAUUUGUAUCACCUUUCUGUCUCUUCUACUUUACAUCCUAUACGUGAUCAUUUCGAAUUUCUGGCCUGGAACUCUGAUGGAAUAUACUCCAUUCACAAUGGUUGGCACUCCUCACUUCUGGUUGAGUUUAUUGCUAAUAGGGGCUAUAAUAGGAGGACUGGAAGCCAUAUAGGCUGAAUUCAUAAGGGAAUUCUUUACUGAUCCAGCUACAGAGAUGUUAAACAAAAUUAAAGUCUUUGAACAUAAUCUCAAUAAGUGGGUAGAAAACUAGGAGAAAAUUGCAAGACAAGAUUCAUUUUGGGCUGGAAUUUACAAAUAAAAGGAGGCUGUUGAGGAGUAAGAGCUAGUGCGAUUUAGUGGAUCAUAACAAUGA